AUCGCCUUUCUCCUCCAUUACAUCUAUCCAUUUUUCCUUUCUUUUUCCACCACUACCCGCUGGCAUCGAUACCCACUCAUCACUGCCCUCCCUGCACUAGGCUGUUCUUCCGGGCAUGCUACUUAAGCCCAAGUAUGGCCGCUUUCGCAACGACUCUGUGACCUCCUCAGACGACCUGAUCCAGAGCUUAGCCAUGAGCGGGAAGGUGGUAGCCACGUCAGUGGCUCCUUCUUCAGUACCAAACUCACCAGCGCCAUCCUUGGAGCCCACCAUCCUCAACCCCCCUUUAGUCCCGGCGUUGGCCGAGUCUCCCGGCCUGGAUGGCGAGCAGGACAGUGCCACCACCUUCUGCAUGCUCAUCCCCAGGAUGCCCCAGUGGAAGUUCUCCAACUCGCUGCUGAGCUGCAGCCCUUCCAGCAGCGCCAGUUCCAGCUCCGGUAAGGAUUCCAGCAAAAACUCCAUGGCUAAGGCGUCCCCAGCCACCACCAAUACAGCUGCAGCCUCCAGUGGUCCCAUGACAAGCCUCGCUGCUGCACUUAACUCUUGUGACCCUGUCUGUAUGGGUCCCUGUUCCCUGCAGUCUGUGAGAGGGCAGAGGGUCGUUACAGGCUCAGCCAGUCCCAGUGGCUUCGGAGGUGCGGAGACAGCGGCGGGGAGCCCAGGCGGUGCUGGGAGCCAUCGCACAGGCUCGAACCGCAGGACCAGGGUGGAGGGCAUAUGGCUCGGUGGUGAAGACCUCAACCAAAAAGGCAAUUUCAUCCACAAGCCCUCGCAUGGCUGGCUGCAUCCAGACAACAAAAUAAGCAGCUCAGGAGCUUCCUACAUCGUCAAGUAUUUAGGCUGCAUCGAGGUGCUGAAAUCAAUGCGAUCCCUGGACUUCACUACAAGAACACAGGUCACAAGGGAGGCCAUCAACAGGCUGUGUGAAAUCGUUCCAGGAGGGAAAAGUGUGUGGAGGAAGAAGGCAGCCAACAAGGCCCUUCAUUCGGUCAUGGGAAAGAGUAACCUGCAUUUCGCUGGCAUGCGUAUUGCCGUCAACAUCUCAGUCGAGGGGCUGAACUUGCUUGACCCCACCACGAGACAGGUGAUAGCACAUCACCCUAUGCAGUCUAUCUCCUUUGCUUCUGGAGGAGACAUGGAUACGCCUGAUUAUGUUGCAUAUGUGGCCAAAGAUCCUGUGAAUCAAAGAGCGUGUCAUAUUCUGGAGUGCUGUGCAAACCUUGCCCAGAGCAUUAUCAGUACGAUCGGACAAGCCUUCGAGCUGCAGUUCAAACAGUACCUGCACAGCCCACCCAAAGCCACGCCCAGUCUGGACAGGAGUGUACGGACGGAGGAGUCAGCAUGGGAGGAGGAUGACAUGUUCCUGGAACACGAUUACUACAACAGCAUACCAGGUAAAGAACCUCCACUGGGAGGACUCGUGGACUCCAGACUGAAGACCAAAGCAGCCAUGCUGGGCCACAUCCACUGCGUGCCACAGAACAAAGCAGCACAGUCCGGAUCCACAGCGAGGAGAGACAUGUCCUCACUACCGGCAGCUCAGCUGUGUUAUGAAGUGCACUGGGACACGGACAACUGCAGCAGCUCAAACGUGACCUCUGAUGGGUAUUUGCGAGCAGAUGGACAUCCUACCAGUAGCCAGGAUUAUGAGGAGCACCUGUAUGUGAACACACUGAGUCUGAACAACACAAAACCAUCAUCAGGUGCACAGGAAAAAUGCAGUCCUGAGAGCCCCAAAAAAGACAUCUUUGACAUGAGACCUUUUGAAGAUGCGCUACGUCUGCAUGAGGCUGGUGGCGUGUGUUUGCUGGAGGACAAGUGGCCGAGCCCCCCACACCGCAGGGCCCCUGUAGCCCCUACUGAGGAGCAGCUCUGUCAAGAACCCUGGUAUCAUGGGCGAAUGAGCCGGCGUGAUGCAGAGAAGCUCCUGAUCCACGAUGGAGAUUUCCUAGUGCGUGACAGUGCCACUAACCCAGGACAGUAUGUACUGACCGGGAUGCACUGCGGUCUGCCGAAACACCUGCUCCUGGUGGACCCAGAGGGUGUGGUACGAACUAAAGACAUGCUGUUUGAUAGCAUCAGUCACCUGAUCAACUAUCACCUGAGCAACAAGCUGCCCAUCGUAGCAGCCGAGAGUGAACUUCAUCUCCAGCAGGUGGUGUACAGGAAGCACUGAGACCACCACGUGUAGGUGUGUCGAGGUUAAAAGACGACACUUACACACACUUAUCUUCACGUAAGGAACAAGUGAUGGUACAGUUAUAUUGUAUUAUAUUAAUAACAAACAUUCCCUCCUUUAAUGAAGACUGUAAUUAGUAAAACUGCCCUAGGGGUUGAUGAGGGUGUAGAUUGUACCCUGUCAUGGACUGGCGUUCCAUCCAGUGUGUACUUCCACCUCUGACCUAGUGUUCCUGGGACAGGAUCUCCGGAUCUCCUGCAGUCCUGACCAGGAUACAGCAGUUACUGAUGGAAUUUACUCUAAAUCCUGUUAUUCUUCUCAGGUAAAUGAAGCUUGGCGUCAUUUUGUGCAGCCAGUCCCGUGUCCCUACACCUAUGCCUUAAACACAGACUCCUAACGUUUAGUACUUUAUGUGUUAAUGAAAUAAAGUUCCGAC